AUGGUCGCCUCAACAUUCCUGGUGCUCGUUGGGAGCUUCUCGACGUAUAUUUCGACUCUCAAGUUUUCCACGUCCCCUCCAUCGUUGAAAUUAGUUACUCAAACCGCGUCUGGAGAAGCACCAAGCUGGCUUACGCAAAGCCCAUACGACCCCGCUAUUAUCUAUGCCACAGACGAGGUUCCCGAUGGUCACUUGAACUCGCUCGUUUUAAAUAGACGCUCUGGUAAACUUGUUAAGGUCGAUUCUAUCUCUACAAAUGGAAUUCACCCAACACACAUUGGCGCCGUCUUGGAUGGGAACACGCUCGGAGUCGCCAACUACCAUGGCAGCUCACUUUUCACUGCCUCUUUGAAACCAGAUCAUCUUCAUUUUAUCCCUCCUGGUCACAUGACGUUUUACAAUGGUUCGGGACCUGCACCUCAGCAGGUAGACGGGUCACACCCUCAUCAAGUUCUAAAAAAUGGAAACGAAGCAGUGGUCAUGGACCUAGGGACCGACAAGAUUUGGAGGAUGGUCCAGAAUCGUACUGGAGAUUGGGUGGUCAGAGACCACAUUGACCAGAAGCCGGGGAGUGGACCGCGUCAUGGGGUGAUUGUUGAUUCAACUCUCUACACACUCUGCGAGCUCUCAAACAACCUCACUCAACAUACAUUCCCCCCACUCGGCCUCGGAAAGCCGAAACUCGUCGCAUCACAGUCCAUACGCCCUCUGGACACGACACCCGACGCACCCUUGGCAGCGGCAGAACUCUUGUAUGCCGACGGCCCAAGCGCGCUUCUCUACGCGUCCAAUCGUAACGAUCCCCAUCCACAAGGAGAUGCUAUCACCAUUUUCGAGACGCGACCCAAGCUUCAAGCCGUCAAAUACGUCCGCACCGGUCUUAACUAUAUUCGGGGCAUGAACUUUGUCGGACCGCGCAAGGAAUACAUUAUUGCGGCCGGAAUGAACGGUGGUGGAAUUAAAGUGUUCCAAGUUGUAUCGCCUGCGCGUGGCUACCUUUCCGAGGUGGCUCACCUUCCAAACGGGACGAUCGCUCAGCCUAGUUCGUUCGUCUGGACGCAAUGGCUCUAA